AUGAAGACUACAAUCUGCUCCCUUCUUAUCAUCAUCUCCAUUCUUCAACUGAUGAUCCCAGUGAAUACUGAGGAGACCUUAGAUUCUCUCCUGGAGAAAAAGAUCAAGAAACUUCUCACCUGUGGAGGUGAGUGUACCUCCACUGUGACUAGGACUCUCUCCUGCACUAGUGUGAAAGCUAGAGGCAGACUAGCCUCCUGUCCUGCUGGGAUGGCUGUCACUGGCUGUGCUUGCGGCUAUGGCUGUGGAUCAUGGGACAUCCGCAAUGGAAAUACUUGCCACUGUCAGUGUUCAGUCAUAGACUGGACCACUGCCCGCUGCUGCCAACUGGCCUGAGAAGGAGGAGGCUGACAACCCAGUUUUGAAAUGACGACUAUAUCCAAACUGCAAUCUCAACUUGGACACCUGGCUCAUGUCCCCUUAAUGAAUUCAUAUUACCCAGUAAUCCUGCUUCUUGGAAAAUAAAGACAAAAUUUCACCUGCC